AUAUAUAUAUAUAUAAUUAUACCAAAGAGAAAACUUUGAGCAAUUAAGUGGGAAGUACCUGACUGCCCCAAACAGGGAGACAUACACCGGCGUCACCUGAUCCCCUAGCAACCAGCCGGUGUCGGUGGCACAACGAGGCACAACAGGUAACGAGUUAUGAUCUAAAGCUCACCGUCGUCGCUGCUAUUUGUGAAGUAUGUUAGACAUCAUUGAUGUUGUCACCUACAGAUUGAUUUUAGCGUGUGGUUUGCUUCUCAAGUUUAUUAUUUAUUCAGUUGUAUUAUACCACGUUGUAUUGGAUGUAAACGUUAAAUCAAGCCUGCAGCUUUUUUUUAGCGAUUUAAGUUAUUGAUAUGUUUUAAAUACAUUGAUGUAUAGCAGAUUGUUUGUAAAUAGAUAGGAAAAUGUGAAUCGCAGUGGGUAACUAAAUACUGUAUGAAAUGACAGAAUACCUUAAUACAACCCAAAUUAGCAUCAAAUAAUAAAGUAAGCUAUUUGCAUUGAAUUUCCAUCAUGCACACUGUCAAAUAUCCUGCUUGUGAUGAUUGAUUAAAUUGCAAUAAGUGGUGAACUACAGAAAUAAUAUGCUCUUUUUCCCAGCAUCAGCUUCGUCUGUUUCCAUGGCAACUCAGACGCACAAACUCGCCCAACCCAAACCCGACCGGCUCACCUUCCCAGACCGGUAGGUCUAGGUCAGGAGGGUCGGCACUUUUUAAAGGAGGGCUAGAUUUGAUAUUUUGAAAGUGACCAAUGGCCAACAGUCCCUACUGCCAAUAAAAGUUACUUAUUAAUACCCUGUCAUGAAAUAGUUUUAUUUUCAAUGCCACUGCAGAGAGCUCUUUAACUCUCUGUGCUGCGAGCCAGGAACAUUAGCAAACUUGUCUUCUCAGGUCAAAUGUUUCCUGCUAUUGUCAUAACACAGUAUUUGAUAUAGAUUUCUCUUGUAGCUCGCUUUGGUGAUGUUUUCAUUUGACCCGUGUCCCCAGGAACAGGUCCACCGUUGGGGGGUCUGCUGACCUUGGAGGUGCUUCACUUGUGUCUCACAUUAUAUACCUUACACAUGAUGUCAGUCUAACUGCAAAGACGGACACAGUUGUUUUGGUGUUAGAUCUCCACCUGAGCUGGAGAUUACAGCAGCUCUCGUUAUCAACUUGCUGCUUUUCACGCGAUGUAAUUGUCACAGUUAAAGCCAUACGGUAGAAAAUAGCAGGUUUGUAUGAUUUCAUUGUUUUUUUUGUGUGCUGGCGAGCUAUAAAAUCAGAUGAUUUUCUUGUGGACCGGCCUUUGGACUUGCCUGGCUGGCACCCUCUGUCUCUCCAUGCCCUCCACGUUCUCUGAUGGAGCUUCUUUUAAUCUUCCAGUCGUUCGGUUUACUGGUUGGAUCAGCUGCCACCAGAGAAAACGGGUUCCACCACCAAAACUGGUACAUUGCUCUCUUUCUAACUCAACCGCUUCCUUCAUUUGCAAACCUGCCCUGCUGUGUUUAUUGUUUCUUUUUGUAAUGCAGUGUACUGUUUUUCUUUGUAGAGUUAACGCCUCGAUGGUCGGAGCUCUGUAGAAAUAAAAAGUUCUACACUCAAGUCACGUAAAUAUACAACAUUACUAAUGCAUAAUAGCCUACAGCUAGUGACAAACUAACUAAUGUAUGUUUGAUUUCUCUUUUGCAAGAUGGUACAUCUGCUUUGAUUCCAUUUCCAAAUGAUCAUGCGCCGAUCUUAUAUUAGAAUUCUCUUAUUAUUUAUACAUUUUUGGAAGCUGCUUAUAUUUAACUUCCUCCCAUUUUAUGUAGAUAUAUUGAAUAUUAAGUCUGUUUUUGUACAGCACCAGCCCAUCAGAAGCAUUAAGUCAGGCUCCUGUGGUGCCAUGAAUAAAACGACAGCUUGCAGUGGCGCCUUUAUAGAUGGGCAUUGAUUUUGACAUAGAAACCUCUGUUGGGUUCUCUGCUCAGCAGUACAACAAAAAACAGAUGCAGUAUAAUGACUCUGACUCUGUUUUUCGGAUUGUUUAAAUGGAGAUUAUAGUACGUUUUUGUAAUGUGAGCUGUGCAAGAAAUCCCCACUCAAUAUCGCCUCAGCCGGCCUUCAUUAAAACAAGCCUUUUUGUUCUCGUAGGCCCACUUGCUAUUUAUUUAGACUUGCUGAUCAUUCAAAUAUGGGCUUCAAUAUGAGAAUGCACUUACAUUUGUAUCAUUGUCAGGACUUAUAUUUAAUUGUAUACACUUGUGUUUUCUGGUGCUCCUAUCUACGUGCUUCCUUCCUUCCUCCCUUCAUUGAAACUUCUCUACUCUCAUAACUUACACCACCUUUUCCUCUCCUCUCCUCACACCUAAUGCACCUCUUUAUGACAUUGGUUUCCUCUCACUCGUACUUCCAAUUACUCUCCUGCCCUUUGUCCUGCCCCAGACUUUCUCCCACAUGGAAGGUGAGUGAAUGGGCUCUCCGUGCCGUGGCGUCGGACCGACUGCGUCGUCUGGCUCAACCUCGUCUCCACGCAGCUGGCUGGCAGCCGGAGCCCCCGCAGCCCAAUUCAUUGAACAGGUUGACGCAGACAGCAGCCACCACUACACGAAUAUGCCAGCUGGCCCAACCAAAAAGAAGGCAGCUUCUGGAGGGCUGUGGCCCAAAAACUAAGGCUGUAACCAUGACCCACAGACCCUGCAAAGCCUCAGCACACAUAGAGCUGCUUGCUACCCCUAAGCUCCACCACCCCAAGUUCGAAGGAGAGCGCUCGGUGUGCUGGUCGGUCUCCAGAGCGGCAAGAAACUCCGUAGCCAGCGAGAGACUUCUCGAGCUGUCCGUUCCCAAAGAGAGGAACGCUCUGUUUGAGGGAUACGACCCGUACGUAGUCACCCAGGCCGCCCGCUCUGCCAGCCCCUCGCCUCGGAUACGCCGGCUCUGUCUGCCUCUGCCUCGCAAAUGUUGCACAAACCCGGAUGGAUGAGGUCUGCUCCCCCGGGGACGUGUUUUGUUUCUUUUUCACAAAAGUUAUUUUUCCAUGUAAAAAAAAAAAAAAAGUACCAAAUACCUCCCCUGCGUUGUGUUACUGUGAACUACAAUGAAAACAGUAGGAGGAAGCUGAUGUUAAGUAUCAGUACUCGUAGCAGUUAUGAAGCUGCUUAGAGUUGUAAGCUGCUGGUUUCACCAACGUGUAAUGUGUGCAAUUCUUUUCUAAUGAUUAAAUUGUCAAUGAGUCGACCUGCCUGUCUGUGAUAACAUACUUUUUUGUGUGUACAACAUAGGACGGGAAACGAUAACGCUCAACAGUAAUCAGACUGUGACAGCCUGUUUGUGAGAAAACAAAACAAUAUACAUUUUCUUUCUUUGAUCGUGAGCCAAUGUUGUCCAACCAGAAAACAUCUGCUCAGCAGCUGGAAGCAAACACAACUUAACCAAAUCAGUUGUUGUGAAACAGACGCAGAUUCAGUCUCCUUCUCUAAAUACAUUCCGUGGAUGAUGCUCGUCUCCCCCUCUGCUGUUGAACAGCGCCCCCAGCUGGUCCUAAAGCGGCGGUGCAGCAGAGUCGAGUCAUUUGGAGUCCUGCACCUGAGGAGCUGCUUCGUGCUUUUAUUCGUAACUACACAAUCGUCUACACAACAAGCCCAACAUGUGAGUGAGACACACCAAUAUGAAGUUGUGUUUGUUUCAAAAUCCAAUAUUCCUAAAAUGAGUCGUUUUGUUCACUUCCCUUUUCAGAUGACUUUAAACAUAAAUCACUGAUUUAUAUAUAUAUA